AUGCACAAAGCCGCUUUACUCAUAUGUGUCUCCAUUGUAUAUAUUGCCACAACAGAGUCUCCUCCACUGUCUCCCCCGACUGUGCCCAAGAACGAACGUAGGAAUCUUGGCAAGAGCGACGAUGAUUUUAAAAAUAAAUCGAUAGUGAGCGAUGAGGAUCCUUAUAAUAGAUCAGAUGAGCCUCUGAAUGGAAUGGGUACCGGAGACAGCCACAAUCCACAGUUGGGGACUGGAGCUCACGGGCUCGCACCCAAGAGUACCGAACAUCCGCUGCCAGAGAUACGUGUAGAGACACCUCGAACAAGAUUGGGAGGGUCCAUACUUAGAGCUAUCGACACCGACUCAGACGACGACGAUGCUGAGCUGUGUUUCGAAGACCCCAUGCGCAUCUCCGCACUUAACGAGCCGCAGCUCCAGCAGUCCAUGUACUUCAGCACACAGUCAGUGGCAUGCUCAGAAACCACUCAACCCACCACUCAACUCAUACAAACUCACUCAGAAACCACUCAACUCAGACAAACACACUCGCAUGGCCAUGGAUGUUCAGGCGAAGGUGUCGGGGGGGGGAAGGUAGAGACAGAGACAAAGACAGAGACAGAUAAAGAGACGGAGACGGGGGGGAUGACAAGAGUUGGCGAGGAUGCAAAGGGAGAUGCACCUAUAGCUAUACAGGAGAACAUACGCCCACAGACUAGUAGACUCACAGAUACGCACACGGGUAAGGGUGGUUUUGGCGCGGGUACGCCGGAUGUAGCCGACGACAGGCCCAGCGAUACCCACACGGGUGAGACAAAGCGGAGGGAGGACACAGGGAAUGACGGGCAUGGCACGCAGGACAGGACAGGGGCACACACACACACACCAACCAACACUAGCUCUGUUAUGGCCACGGACACGCAAGGCCGUACAAGCAUAGGUGCAGGCGCAGGUACAAGUGCAGACACACGCUCAAGCAUCCACGGGACAGAACGUGAAGACACCCUGUCAAGGAAAGCCAAGCACGACAACGCGUAUAGCCACAGCAACACAUGGUUAGUGAUGGAGGAAGCACAUGACGCGCACUACACGGACACGCUCAGACACCCCCAGCGGGUGCGACCGUUGCUCACGUUUGGUACCGAACUUCGAGCGACGACGCAG